UUUUCCUUGGCCUUUUCAGCCGCUAAGACAUUCUUUCUUGUCACAAGUCUGCUAAUAAAAACGAAACUGAAGAUGAGAAAAAGUGAAAAGUGAUAAGAAUGGAGUCACAGGGUGAGUUUGUUACUCCAUUCCCUAAAAAGGACACCAAGGAGUCCUUUCUUGAAAAAGCCAAAGCAGCUCGAGCAGAGCGAGAGCAAGAGAAAACUAGAGAUCAGGCUGUCAUCAGGAUCCAGACACAGUUCCGAGGAUGUCUGCAGAGAAGGAAAUUCCAAAGCCUCAUCAGGAAGAACCUAGCAGAAGCGUUGGAUGCUUCCAGUUCCAGUGAUCCAUUGAAGGUAUAUGAGGCUGUACUCAAGCUCUUCCCUUACAUCAAAAUACCUGAUGAUGAACCUCUAUUCAUCAGAUAUCUCAAGUGA